UGCGCACUCAAGCUCAAGUCUCACCGUGGCAAUGGCAGCUAGUGGUCGCGGCAGUUGCCGUAGCAGUCCCAGCAGCAGUUCGCAGCAGGCGUAGUAUUUUUACGAUGCCGUUGCUGAUUGGUCUCUGUUCAAGCUACGUCGGUAAUAGAUAGCUAAAGAUAUAAGUACUACUGCUCCAUAGUUUGGAUGUCUUCAUCAACUCCACAUUGACAGUAUGACGAUAUCUACACUUACUCUCAACGACGGCAGUCAAGUUCCCUGGAUCGCCUUUGGCACCGGCACAGCGCUUCGCGAUCAAGAUGUACGGAACCCUGUAGAAAGCGCCAUCGCCAACGGUUUCACGCACCUGGACGGUGCCCAGAUGUACAAUAAUGAAGAGAGCUUGGGCAUGGCAAUCAGGGCCUGCGGAACCCCGAGAUCUGCGCUCUUCAUUACUACUAAACUCAAUGGACUGCAGCCUGACCAGACUGCCAAAACCGCACUGCAGGUGUCGUUGAAGAAAUUAGGUUUAGAGUACGUGGAUCUAUACCUUGUGCACGCGCCCGGACAUCAUGCAGGCCGACUGAAGGAGGUGUGGAAGAUGAUGGAGAAGUGUAAGAGGGAAGGACUGGCAAAGUCCAUUGGGGUGUCGAAUUUCGAUGUUGCGCAUUUGCAAGAGAUCUUGGAGGGCGCUGAGUUUCCGCCUUCGGUCAACCAGGUAGAGCUCCACCCGUAUGUGUGGAAAUCUUUACAGCCUGUGAUAGCUUUGCAUAAAGAGCAUGGCAUCGUCACGUCCUCUUAUGGUGGCCUGUCGCCCCUCUUCCGCGUACCCGGGGGACCCCUGGAUCCCGUCAUCGAGAAAAUACGGGAACGCCUUGAGUCCACGCGAGGGCAAUCUGUGUCAGUCGGUCAGGUACUGAUCAAGUGGUUGCAACAGAACGAUAUCCUGGUCGUCACCACUUCGAGCAAGGCGGAUAGGAUGAGAGAGUAUCUUGAUACCGCCAAUGUUCCAGAAUUGACAGCUGAGGAGAUUGAGUCGAUUGAGAAUGCUGGGGCGCAGCAUUACUAUAAAUUCUUGGUAUUGUCCAAUUGAUUAGAGGAGCAGUUAUAAUCAGAAUAGAGGAGACUGCGAAUGAGUCAGGUGUAUUGAAGGAUUGGCUAGCAUAUCCUUGCGAAUUUUCACUGUGAUCCCGGUUCCUGAGCGCUCCACGUACAUACUCACUCGGAGUCCUCAGAAUUAUUAACCAGGUGGAGGUGGGACGAACCUAAAGCAUCAUGAGGUCAGCAAGAGGUCAGAGGAACAAGGCAGAGAAAAGCGGCAGAGUGCUAUAAUUAAUGUUCGGUCAAG